CACUCCUCUGAUUCCCAACCUAUUGCGCAUUGCGUUCCAUUGCAGUCACAGAAAGGGACAUMGAACAAACCAUGAUGAUGAACGAYGGAUCUUCURCCCAGAUGGAYGGCUUUGCCGGCCAGCAACAAUCCGGGGACCCUGGAACCACGGCACAACCCGCGGCACCCAUCGACAACGACCCCCUCCCCCGGGCGCCCGAGCUCUUGUUUGCCAACAGCACAGAGGACAAAAAGCUGUACUGGGAUCGAUCCCACUACGAUUCUCCCGAGUCCCAGAUGAAGGCCCUGACCAAGUCGAGCACGCUUUACAUUGGAAACAUGGCGUUUUCGACGCGCUCYGCCAACGUGCAUUCCCAUUUCUCCCAGAUCGGUCCGGUCCGGCGGGUCAUCAUGGGAAUGGAUCGSUUUCAGAAGACGCCCUGUGGCUUUGGCUUUGUCGAAUACGUCCACAGGGAGGACGCCCUCCUGGCGAUUUCCAACCUGACGUCGACCAAGCUCGACGGGCGCAUCAUUCGCGUGGAACUGGACGCCGGCUUUCAGAGCGGGCGGCAGUACGGCCGCGGGGCGAGCGGGGGACAGGUCCGCGACGACAAGCGGAGGGGCCGGGUCGAUCCGGCGCGAAACAACCCCCACAAGCGGCAGAAGACCCUGAACUGGACACCGGCCGAUCAGGUCCAGCAGGAACAACACAAUCAGCAGCAGCCRCCACCACCGCCACUUCCCCAAAGCCAGCAACCCAUGGGGGGCGACGCAAUGGCCGGUCCAGWAGGUGCCACCGGUGGGAUCGCACAACCGCCGCCGCCACCGGGRGAGCCGCCGCAAGAAGGCAAUUCGAGAUUCCGGGACGAAUAACGCGUUKCGGGUGUGUCGCGGGAAAGGAUGCUGCAUACUUUGUUUAUGUAGGGAGAAGAACACGGUGGAAAGCAGUGCGGUGCUUCCCCCGUCGAUAACACGGCACGGAAUUGCCGGUACAAUCGAUUUCGAAAGAAUUCCGGCGCCGUUAUCGUGUAGUGAUAUUUUCAAGGCAGCUGUUCUUUGCUUGUCGCGCCAUAGCGACUGGAUGCGAUAGCAGUGGGGAGAGUAAAUAAGAUUUUCUUUUAUAUGUCUGAUCCUUUGGCGUAACAUGUUUUGGUUUCGAAAGAAUCACUCUGGCUUGAAUCGUCCGGGAAAAACUAGUGGCAUCGCACAAAAAGAUACAAGUUACUACUAAGUAAAGGUAAUUUUAAAGA